UCUCCGUUGGGUCAUCGACGGCCGCUACUCAUAUCGACACAUACACUCGGUCGUCAGCAUGGACGGGGACAAAUACCAUGAAUGCAACGAGGUGUGGGAUUCACCAAGGAGGUCUUUAAGUAGAAAUGAAGUCCGCGGUGUGAAACUUGUAACAGUGAUCGCAGCACUCGUGCUAGUCUUCAUCAUUGUCUGUGUCGCAGUUGUAUGUGUCGUGGUCAGUAAACUGGGGCGAAACCAUCACAAGAUUUCAUUUUCCAUGAAAAACGCUGUUUAUGAUAAGAGGGGAGCUGAAGAUGAAGCGCCAGAUCGGAUCAUCAUACAGAGGAGAACCACGGGGGACGUCAACUUCACCAGAACAUGGAAAGAAUACAGAAACGGCUUUGGUGAUUUAGAUGGAGAUUUCUGGUUUGGAAAUGAAAACAUUCACAAGUUAACACGAAAAGGUUACACCCGGCUUCACAUCGAGCUGACGACGUUUGACGAUAUCACAUAUAACAUUGAAUACGGUGACUUCCGUGUGCGACCAGAGGCCGAGCAAUACCAGCUUAUUGUGGCAAAUUUCAAGCCAGGUCACCUUGCCCUGACGUUUGACUGUCUGAUUUCCCACAACGGGAGCAGAUUUACUACGAUUGACAGGGACAAUGACAGGGCGGAGGACAACUGUGCCUCGCUGUACUUUGGUGGCUGGUGGUACAACUCUUGUCAGCUGUGCAACUUGAAUGGACUUUACAGGAGUAAUGAGAUCUACAAAAGAGGGAACAUAAUCUGGUGCGCGAUAAACAGGUACAGGGGGAUUAAACAGACACUGAUGACGAUACAGCAACAUCCCUGAUCUACUUCAUCAACACAGAGGGGCGGUCGGGUAGCCUGGUGGUUAAAGCGUUCGCUCGUCACGCUGAAGACCCGGGUUCGAUUCCCGACAUGGGUACAAUGUGUGAAGCCCAUUUCUGGUGUCCCCCGCCGUGAUAUUGCUGGAAUAUUGCUGAAAGCGGCGUAAAACCGUACUCACUCACUCACUCACUGAAAGGUUUAAAUAAGACAAUAUUUUGAUAGAAUAGACGGCUCUUUCAUUGAUCUUAUGUUUUUCGCAAUGAAAGAAACACAUUCACAUAUCAACUGAUAUAUAUUGAAACAGAACUUAAAAUCCGGACACAAAAUCCAAGUAAAACUUGAUCAAAGUUUUCUGUGAAAUAAACAAAUCAUA